AUGUCGAGCCACUCCCCCUCGCCUGAGACACCAGAGCGUUCUCAAACGCCAGCCUCGGUCUCCUCGGCGGCGCCCGUGCAAAGAUCCUGUGCCACUUGUCGUCGACGCAAGGUCCGCUGCGACAAGAAGCGCCCUUGCACGCCGUGUUCUCGCGGCGGCCACGCAUGUUCCUAUCCGCCCAAGGAGCCGAGAGCGCCCAGGGUGCGCAAGGCUACCAUUAAUGACGUUGCAACGAGGAUAUCGAGGCUGGAGGAGACGCUGACGUCCAUUCCUGCGCGAGAGGCAUCGCACCCGCAUGCCCGCUUUCCGGCCUCGCCAAAAACGGUUAUUGCUGGUCCGCAUGCAAGCCCCUUCAGCACAGGAGGCGUUGGGCACGAGACUUCGCCGGCGGCAGUUGGCAGUCCCCACCCCGGAGGGGAGAUAUUGUUGGAGAAGGGCUCGUCGGCGCAGUACUUCAACGAGGUUCUCGUCUCUCGUGUUGUUGGGCAGGAGAGCGAUGUCCGUACUGCCCUCGCAACACCGAGGACAGAUGAAGUGGCCCAGGCACAUGUCCCAUCGCCCUUCAAUCCCAUGGGAAUACUGUCAACGCCCCUACCGUCCCAUCCACCUUCAAGUUACCACCCUUCCAAAUAUACCGCUGUGCAGCUAUGGAUGGUCUUUGUGGACAAUGUCGACUGCCUCUUCAAAAUUCUCCACAUUCCGACUUCGGAAGUUUUAGUCUACACGGUGAUUAACAACCCAGAAACAGCUUCACCUGAAGCAUUGGCAUUGUGCUACGCCGUAUACUACGCCUCGACUGUCGCUCUCGAUGAGAGGGAGGACUGCCCACGGCUUCUAGGGGAGUCCUGGAUGAGUGCCCUGCACCGGUACAAAGCCGGACUCGAACAGAGUUUCGCCCAGGCAGAUUUGCUGGAGAACCCUACCGUCGUAUUGCUACAGGCCAUGGCAAUCUACCUUGUAUGUCAUCACAUCAUUUCUUCCUACCCUCACUCGCGUUCUAACUCGCGCGCCCACCAGAGCGCAGUACGAGUCCACAACACGGGCCGCUCCGUCUGGACCUUCAAUGGCCUAGCCAUAAGAAUCGCGCAAUCCAUCGGUCUCCACCGUGAUGGCACGAAACUCGGCCUCUCGCCGUUCGAGUCCGAAAUCCGCCGCCGUCUGUGGUGGUACCUACUGGGUCGUGAUGGCCGGGUUGCCGAAGAUCUCGGCCUGCUCGACCUUCCCACGCCUAAUGUCACAAUGUCUGGUGGUGCUGAGCUCCCACUCAACCUCGAAGACAAUGAUCUGGAUCCGAACAUGAAGGACCUCCCACCACCCCGCAAAGGCUGGACUCGCAUCCUCUCAUCCCUCGCCAACAUUCGCAUUUGCCAAACAUGGGCUGACCUCCUCCAACUAUCAUGGUCCAACCCUUCGACCCCCCCGCCUUUCGAGGCUCGAGAUCGCAUCGUCGCCAAAUUAGUAGAAACCGUCGAGACCCUUAUCAAAGAAUGCAACCCCGUCAUUCCCAUGCAAAGACUCACACUCAUAACUUGUCGCUUCAUUGUCCGCAAAUUGGACUUUGUCACGCGCCAGCAGUGGGAGGCUCACCACCAUCCGGAACAACAGGAGCUUUUGGCGACAGAGGAAACCCUCCUCGAGGCACUUGGCUUGUUUGAAGAAGGACAGCACUUACUGAAGGAUGAGCUGCUGCGUCCGUAUACCUGGUCGGUGCGAUCAUACCCGCAGUAUCACUUGAUGCUGUUUAUUCUGUGGAACAUAUGCCUGCGCCCGAGAAGGUCUUGCGCCCUUCGGGCCUUCAAAUCUGUAGAAGAAUACGUCAAGGUGAUGGAGAAGACGGGUACAGCUGUCUUUCGGGGACCCAAGUGGACGAUUUUCAAGGCAUUAAUGGCCCGCGCCGCGGCGUCUAUACCACGGGAUGGUUGUGAGAAAGGAGGAAGUCAGUUGCCAAUGAGUGAGGUGCCUGCGAGCGCUGGUCUUGAUCAAGGACUCGGAAGCGGCGUCAUGCCGGGGUCGACAACCCGCAAAUUUGUCGAGAUGAACGAUGCAGGAAUGUUCGAGGACAUGCAGCACGUGCCUGACUGGAGCACGCUGCUACAAGGCUUUUUGCAAGAAGAGUCCAAUUUUUCAGUCAUGGUGUGA